UUUAGUCCACAUUUGUAAGACUUGUAGUAAAUAGAAUGAGUGGGAAGUGGCGAUAGUAGCUAACAUUGGAAUAGCCAGCUAGCUAAUAAGUCAACAUUUUAUAUUUCAAACAAAAUUCAACGAAUUACUGCCUAGUUACGAAAUUACAUUUAUUUUGCUUAAAGGUGGUUCCAUUGGCUGUAACUUAGCUCGCCAGCUUAGGAACAAGGAGGAUCUUUGAAAUGUGAUAACGUUAAGCUAGCUAACGUUAGCUAUUAAUUCAGCACAAACGAUACACAACUGGCGACUCGUUUUGCUUAUUUUCUAUUAAAAUCGGUUACGUCGGAGCCUCAGACAUCGUUUGAGGUAACUUGGCCGGUUGGAUAUCGUUGCAGUCCAGCUAACGAGCAUGUCCGUUUGGAGGCCUGCUCCAGUUGGUGAUAGCUACUGUCUUGCGACGAGCCACAUCUGUGGCAAAUGCCACCGAGUUUGCCAUUACGCGGAAGGGGCUAAUCGCCAGUCUUGUAGAGAGGAACUAGCUUGCCGGCUAGCUACUUCGUGGGGUGACCGUCUCUGGGUUCCUGGUGUGCAUGCACUGCAUCUUCUUCAGCUACUCCGUGUCAAGGUCCGCAUUGAAGACAUUAGAAAUGUCUGAUCUCAACAAAGAAGUGGUUGACCUGGUGUGGGGAAGACAAACCAGCAGCAGUAUGACAGACGCGCUGUUCAGGAGAUGGACACAAGGGUUUGUAUUCAGUGAGGCGGAGCGCACAGCGUUGGAGCAGUUUCAAGGGGGCCCUUGCGCAGUGAUAGCACCUGUUCAGGCCUUCCUAAUGAAGAAUAUCUUGUUUAAUUGUGAAAGAUCCAACUGGCGGGAUAUUUCAGGUGAAGAGCAGAAAGCCGCACUCUGCUACACUCUAGCUGAAAUUCUGGAAACCGCCUGUUUCAACAAAUCUGGGUCCUACUGCCUGGCCACUUGGUCUAAGGGUAAAAUCUCAGACGAAAACUCGGACAUCCCCGACAGUCACCCUCAACCAAGCCGGUCAUCAACUGAAGACCUCCAGCCAUCUGCACUGGCUGCUGAGGAGAUUGGCUUUGAGCGAUUUCACUCCAUUGUGCACAAAAGGACACUGAAGACAUCUGAGGAGCUGAAGGAGGCAGUGCUGGCCUUGUAUGACACAUGGAGGAACCAGUUUGGAGUUCUGCUUUUCCUUUACUCUGUCAUAUUGACAAAGGGUAUUGAAAAUAUAAAGAAUGAAAUUGAAGACACUGCUGAACCCCUGAUUGACCCAGUCUACGGUCAUGGAAGUCAGAGUCUGAUCAACCUGUUGAUGACGGGUCACGCUGUGUCCAAUGUAUGGGAUGGUGACAGAGAAUGUUCUGGAAUGAAGCUGCACGGUAUCCAUGACCAGGCUGCCGUGGGCUUCCUCACCUUAAUGGAGUCUCUACGCUACUGCAAGGUCGGAGCGUUUCUAAAAUCUCCAAAGUUCCCUAUUUGGAUACUUGGCAGCGAGACGCAUCUAUCUGUGUUUUUUGCCAAGGAAAUGGCCCUGGUUGCCCCAGAGUCUCCAUCUGAGCAGGCCCGGAGAGUCUUCCAGACCUUUGACCCGGAAGAUAAUGGCUUCAUACCCGACACACUACUGGAGGACGUGAUGAAGGCCCUGGAUCUCGUCUCGGAGCCCGAAUAUGUAAACCUGAUGAAGAACAAAUUAGAUCCUGAAGGGCUUGGCAUCGUAUUGCUAGGACCCUUUCUACUGGAAUUUUUUCCUGAUCAGGACUCUGGCAUCCCAGACUCAUUUCCUGUGUAUCACUACAAUGGUCUGAAGCAGUCAAACCACAACGAAAAGGUGAUGUACGUGGAAGGGACGGCUUUCGUUCUGGGCUUCGAGGACCCGAUGGUACGCACAGACGACACGCCGAUCAAGCGGUGUCUUCAGACAAAAUGGCCGUACGUGGAGCUGCUGUGGACGACCGACCGCUCCCCCUCACUGAAUUAACACCGACCGCCUCGCAGAGUCACGUAUUAUGUAUAGGAAUGCCGUUAUCCUUCAACGCUACCGGGAACAAUUACAGGAGUUUAUACUCUUUCCACAGUAUGCUACGCGCAGGGUUAUUAAAAUGGGAGUUCGGGCAGGCUGUGAAGUGCCGGCUUAAUUGGAGCCGAACUGUAAGCGAUCUAGACAUGUUAACACCUGGAGCUGCUUCAAUCUGGUUUCGCCCGAAAGGGUGGACGCGUUACAUUGUGUCUUAACCCUGUUUUAGUAACCCUGGCUACACACAGGAUCCUUUUUUCACCAUGCUUAGGAGGCCUGCUGCAGUGCCUGAACUGUACAGAGAAAUGUUUAUAUACAACAUUCUGUUCUUUUACCGUUGAUGUUGACUUUCACACUUAAGAUGGCUUGUAAAUUUACAUUUCUUUAUUUUUUUUCCCCCAAAAGGGCUUGUUGUAUUUUAAACCCUUAAAUACUUAACACUUAGGUUUGUUUUAUGCUCAGCAAAUGUAUUCUCUUUGCUGCUGUUGAUAUUUCUGUUGUCUUUCAAAAUUAUUUUGUUUACUGAACGAAUUAUAAAAAGCAAUCCUACUAAAAACGAUUGAUAAUUUAUCGAGUUGUGCAACACAGUUUAUUGGUUUGAAAAUGUGUUUUUGCAUCUGUUUAAGGGAUUGCAUGACCAAAGCAUCUUGCAGGUUUACACCAAUUAUUUUUUUGAAGAAUUUGAACCGCAGCAGGUGUAGACAUUUAACGGUCUGCCACUGACAGCAAGUGUUUUAGUUUGAUUUGAAGGAUAUUUAAUAAAAAAUGGAAUGUCACACCGUGUGUAUUCAUGAAGAGGCUUGCCAGGAUUCGUAGCAGUUGAUCGCUCGUUGUUUCAAAAACUCCACGGAGAAAUGGAUCGAUCAAAGUGGAAAUAGAAGUUAAAGUGACUAUUGUAGAAUCUAGUUUAAAACUUUCUGGUGUCCCGUUCGUGCUCGUUUUAUGAAUGUACAAUGGGGUCAUAAGUGGAUACAGGCCACAGUUUUGCCACUUAUCCACCUUAUCCGCAGCUGCCAGAAGAGAGGGGCACAGUUUAACAAAAUAAUUUUAAAAAUACCUUUUGCAAUUUAUAUAUUCUGUUAAAUGUGACCAUCUAUGCAUCAGAAUGAACCAGGCAUGCAGGUCUUGAGUUUGCUUCAAGGUAAGUUUCGUAAGCGAAUCCCCAGCAGUUUGUGAAUACGCUUUGCGAUACUAGAAGUCUAUCUUGGUUACCGCAUGCCCUGUCCAGUGUGCCACUAUGCCAUCGUCGCUCAGUGCAUAAACUACGUGUGGAAAUUUAUCAAAAGCACAGUUGGGACAUAGCCUGGACCGCUAUGAUGAACCGUUUUUGCAACAACUUAAUCCCAUCUUAUUCUGGCCCUUUACCACAAGCUUCAUGGUCCAGUGAUUAAUAAAAGUGUCGUUAAAAGUGUAUUUAAAAUGAUUAAAUAGGUUUGUGUUCCUAUAAUCUAAAAUGAUUAAUGGGGUAUCCGUUUCUUUUUCAAUUCAGUGUGAACAUGCGGUUUAUUAUCGGGUUUUUUUUUAUUUUAUAAAUGUGUUCAGAUCGUCUUCUGUAAGGUUGAGCUUCCUUUGUUGCUUGUGGUCAAGCAUAUAUUUUCCAUCGGCACCUGGUUCUGUGACAACACAAAAAAUAAAAGCAUUGAUGAAAACUGUGUUGAACAAAGGCUGAUAUUUUUGCCAAAUAAUUCGAGAAAAAUAUGAAAAUAGGAUCCUGGCAAGCCUGUUGCUAUGGUAUUUAAACAACCACGCAGGAAACUCAGUGAUAUACCAUAGAUCAUUAAAACUGAAUCCGGUUUGGUUGAAUUAAAAUUCAGUAUUGUUACCAGUCAAUGUAAAUCUGUCACUGGUUUUCAAAUGACUUUAGACUGUUCACAUCUAUUUAUUGUAUUGUUUGCUGCAUGGAGAAAGUAAACAACAUUGUCAUGACACACUACGUCAUACAUUAUUUAUUAUCCCAUUGGUGUAUCCAAAAUAAACCAUUUUUUCUUGA